AUGAAGUUCGACGAGUUCCUCUUCAGCCAUCUUGGCGAAAUGGGCAGGUACCAGAAAGUGCAGUUUCUGCUGGUGACAAUCCCGACAAUGCUCUGUGCCUUACACGCCUUCAGCUGGACCUUUGCCGCCCACAACACGCCAUAUAGAUGCGCUCUCCCAACCGAAACGGAUUCUCGAACGGCCAACUAUUGGACAACCAGCAAGCUCAUUGACGAAAACCUUGAAGAUUGUUGGAACACGAAAACAAAGACGAAAGUAAACGAAUCGGAUCGAGGCCAACCGGAUGUUAAAUGCAAUUAUGUGAAGUGUUCAAUCGGGAACGACACUUGUACGGGCUAUGUCUUCGAUCAUUCACAAAUGAGCCUCACCGCACAAGAAAAGUGGGAUAUCGUCUGUGAUCGACAUUACUUGAAAGCAGUCGUUCAAGCCGGUUAUUAUGCUGGACAAAUGGCGGGGAGCAUCGUUUUUGGAAUCCUCGGUGAUAAGAUUGGCCGAAAAAAAGUCUUCUUUAUCGCAAUCAUCUUGCAAAUGAUUGCAGGAAUGAUGCAGUCGAUUGUGCCUGUUUGGUGGAUGUACGUCAUUUUCCGAGCUGCCACCGGCUUUGCUCAUCCGGGUAUCUUUGUUAUUGCGGUGAUCAUCGGAAUGGAGCUAGUGGGACCGUCGUAUCGAAAGUUGGCCGGUGUCAUUUCAGGGAUUUUCUACGCGCUUGGACAGGUAAUUUUGGGUGGUGCAGCCUAUUACAUCACGGACUUCCAAUGGCUUCAUGUGGUUAUCUCGGCACCUGGUGUCAUUUUUCUAACGUAUUGGUGGUUGGUCCCGGAAAGUGCGCGAUGGUUGGUUUCGUUGCAACGAUGGGACGAAGCGGACAAAGUUCUACAAAAGGCCGCCAAGAUGAACGGAGUCACUCUGCCCGAUAAAUGGUGGGAACAACUGGACCAAGAUCAAGGAGCGAAGAAAGAUGGCACAACGAAAAAAUACUCAACGAUGGAUCUUAUUGCGACUCCGAAAAUGCGACGAAGAACACUAGCUGUUUUCUUUUUAUGGCCAGUGGUAUCGAUGAUCUACUACGGCUUCGGCAUGAAGCCCGACGUACUUGGAGGCGAUCUUUAUGUGAGCUUUAUUAUGGGAGCGCUUAUCGAAAUGCCAGCUUUGGUUAUCGUCUAUCUUUUGAUCGAUCGGAUAGGUCGUCGACCAGUGCUUGCAGGAGGAUUCGCAAUUCCGGGAAUCGUCCUAUUGGCCAAUAUUUUCCUGCCAGAGUUAAAUCAAUGGAUGUCGAUUGCUCAGCUUAUGAUUGUAAAGGGUUCAAUCACUGCCGUCUACGCCUCGAUUUACACAUUCACUCCAGAGAUCUUUCCUACAGUGGUUCGUAACACGGCGAUGGGCUACUGUUCGACAAUUGCUCGUGUUGGUGCUAUCUCGGCCUCGUUCAUUUCAAUGUGGAUUGUGGAAAAAUUCGGGAAGAUCGCGAUGCUCAUCCCAUUCAGCGUAUUGGCAUUGUCGGCCUGUCUCGUCACAUGGUUCUUCCUCCCCCGAAACGAUGAGCAAGCAUUUACCGGAAACGAUUCAAGAGAUCGAGGGAACUCCCGU